AUGUCAAGCGACAGCGAAGCAUCGAGCAUGGGACGUUUGUUGUGGGACAUGAUCAAGGGGAACUACGACGGUCUGGUGCAAACAGGUGUAAGUCGCAAAAAAUGGAAUUUCUUGAGUCCCAAAGUUUGGACUGCCUUUAACUGUUGGACAUACCAUCCGCAUAGGAGGCACGCCCUUUUCUAAAAAUUGUAACUCAUGGGUUGCAAAGUGAACCAAAAUUUUCAACAACUUUGUAAUGAAAAAUAAGGAAAAAAUCAUUUUUUUGGUCUUAAAAAAUUUACGCUAUUUUUUCAAAAUUUUUAAAAACAAAAAAAAUUUUUUUAUUUUUUUUAAAUCUUGAUAGAGUAUUUUAUAUGUAUUACAUUUUUCAGACCCCUCCAUUAACUCUAAAAUCGGUCUCGGCCUCUGGCUUCGGUCUAAUGCAAUGUAUCAUGGCCCUAGAAGAGAUCGGCGGGCAGAAAGUCCAAAAGGAGAUCAUCAAAGAAAAGAACCGUCUCCUCAACACCGCGGCCGACUGGGGGGACCUUUUGAGGGCCGUUGGGAAUGAGAUGGGACCGAAACGGAACAUGGUCAAGUUGUUCUACAAACACGAACAUGUCCUGCAAGCAACGCCGGAGAAAAACAAUGACAUUGCGAGGGCGGUGGGGGUGAAUAGCUUUGAGCCGACGUUGCAGCCGCUGAAUUUUGUGUCCGAUCCCACUGGGAGGUACUUGAAGUAUUUUAUCGAUAAGGAAUAUCAGGUAAAAAAUUGGGGUAUCCAAGUCAACUUUUCAAGUCAAAAUGACGAAAAAAAAAUUUCUUUUUUUUCUGCCACCUCUUUAUUUUAGAUUCUAUUUUUUAGGUCAAAGCCAGGAUCCCCGAAGUUGUCCCAGUCAACACGAGAAUUCGAUCGACUGCCCGAUUGUUGGUGACCAAUGGACUCGCCGUGGAAUUGGAUUGGGAUUGUCCACUGGUCCCAGGAGAGGACAAGUUCUCCAUCAAGCCAAUGGCUAACGAACAAGACACUGUCAGGGUGGGUUUAAAUUUUUCUUCUGCAUAUUUGCCGGACAUACUGUAGAUGGCUCAAAAAUGAAUUAUCGAAAAUUCCAACUCAAAAUUCGCAUCCGCAACGGAGAUAUUGCGAAAAUUCGGGCCACCAGGAUGCCAGGGUGGGGCAUCUUUGUGGCCCGACUUGAAUUGGCUAUAACUUCUUUAGUUUUUGGCCAAAUCUUAAAAUUCUUUUUUUCCCUGAAUCCUCAGACAACCCCAUUUUGUUUGAUACCAAAUUUGUUAUAUAUAGGUAAGUGUCAUCUACAGUUAUUGGAUUUAUUCUUGGAGUUCAUUUUUUUUGGUCGAAAUUUUUUGGGUUGUCUGAGGAUUCAGGGAAAAAAAAGAAUUUUAAGAUUUGGCCAAAAACAAAAGAAGUUAUAGCCAAUUCAAAUCGGGCCACAAAAGAUGCCCACCCUGUAGUUUUUCGAGAGAGCACGUAAAAUGAGGAGAGUCGGUCAGAUGAAACGCGUUUUUGGCGUUUUUCUCUGCGGAUUUGGCUCGAAAAAGAGUGAUUUUUUGGAGGGAAAUUUUACACGUAAUUUUUGAACAGCUAUGAGAUUUUUAAAAAGUGAAAAUCAAAUAUUUUUUUUUCAUUUUUAUUUAUUUUUUUCUUGCAACUGUUACAGGUACCCACACUCGAAUUGGCCAAAGAUUGUGUCGAUUUCCAGGUCAGUCCCGAGGUUUCAGCCAUUUAUUUCAAUGGGAAAAAUGCGAAUGUCGAGGCUGUGGUGAUUUAUGUAAGUGGGGACAAGGAGCACGCUUUGCAUAUGCUGGAUUAUGAGACGAUUGAGAUGGCAAUGGAAAUGGGACGCCAGGUAAAAGAAGGUGUAAACAGAUUUGAUCAAAAUCUGCCUUAUUUUAGGGUCAGAAGGCCAGAAUGACGUUGGUCUUGCCCCAGCCAAAGAGUGUGGAGCCAAUCUCACUUCGCUUGGUCAACGCAAAAACAAAGUUGACCGGCGAAGGUCGACUCAAACGUGUUGCUAUGAAUUUGGUAAGCGAAAUUCGGGGCAUAUCUCGAAUUUUUAAAAUUAUUUUUUUAAUAAUAAAAACGAUUUUUUUAAUCAAAAAAAGUGAUUUUUUUAAUAUUAAAAAAUUUUUUUUUAAUAAUAAAAAGUAUUUUUUAAUAAUCAAAAUCGAUUUUUUAAUAAUAAAAAUUAUUUUUUUAAUAAUAAAAACAAUUUUUUUAAUAAUAAAAAUCGAUUUUUUUAAUAAUAAAAAAAAAAUUUUAAUAAUAAAAAAUAUUUUGUUAAUAAAAAAUAUUUUCUUAAUAAUAAAAAAUUUUAUUUUUGUUAAUAAAAAUAUGCUUUUUCAGAAAUCCCUAUUCCGCCGUGGCAGAAAGGUCCGUUUUGGCCGAUGUUUCUCCCCGAAUAAGGCCGAUUUCUGCCCAUUCGAGACGAAAAUGAAUUUUGGAAUGGAGAAUGCGUUCCCAUUGUACGACUUCUUCAUGUACACACAAUGCCAUCCACAUCUGGUGCAGGAAAUCGACCGGUCGAUUAAAAUUAAAUUCCCCAAAAUUGAGAGGGAAGAGAAGAAAUUGGAGACGAAAACGGCCCAGAAUAUCCGAGGAGAGGCCUUUUCUGGACACGUUUUCUUCUCCGGCGAUGGGAAAUUUGUCAUCGCCGCGGAGGUAAGGGGAUUUUUUGGAAGAAGAAUGCUAUUUAUGGACUAAAAGUUUAUUUUUAGGAUAAAAAAAUUAAUUCAAAUUGGACGAAUCGUAUUUUACAAUUUUUUUUGCAGAAAAAGGCCGGCUCCGAUGAGGCAGUUGAUUUCAAUAAUGGCCUGAGGUCGAUGUUGAAGAAUAAUCCGAGCGAAGAAACGUCCCAGACCGUGAAAAAAAUUAAAAAGCCGCAAAAAGUCGGAGAAAUGGGUUCAAAUCGAAUGGCAACUGCCGGCGAUGCGGCUUCCCCUGCUCCCGUUGCUUCAGCUGUCCGUAAGUUGUGAUUUUUUAUAUAUGCUAUGCCUUGUUUUGACUCUCCUAUUUUUUUGGUUGAGCCUGAACUCUCCCCCUUUUUCAACUCUCCCCCAAAAAAUCCGAACUCUCCCCUUUUUGGGACACUCCCCCAUUUUAAAAAUUGAAAAAUUGGGAAAAAUUAGGUGUGACAUGUUAUAAGAUGGAUUUUUUUUCACAAUGAGAAAAAUUAGGUGUGACAAAGUUUCCAUCGUAUAAGAUGUCACACCUCAUUUUUUCAAUUUGAAAAAAAAAUUUCAUCGUAUAACAUGUCACACCUAAUUUUUUCAACUUUCAAAAUGAGGGGGAGAGUUAAAAAAGGGGGAGAGUUCUGCCGCAACGUUUUUUUUAUUUUUUUAUUUUUAUUUUUUCAGCCGUGGCGAAUCGAAAAGUGAUUUCCUCGACCUACAUCAUGUACAUCGUCUACCAGUCGCCAGAGGGUCCCAUUAUUCUUGAAUUAUCGUUGAAUUCUUUGCUGUAA